AUGUCCAAAUUGCGGUUCUUGAAGAUACUUUCAUCCAAACUUCACGCUAGAGGUUAUCGUUUAGUCAGUUUUUUUAUGGGGCCUGAUAUUAUUGAAGACUUCAUGAGAGGCGAAGGCUACAAGUACUACCGCCUGUACUCGACCGGACAGGUCGGAAUCAACUUGCAUACUGCAGAUACUGUCCUCACAUUUGAUCCUGAUUUCAACCCUCACCAGGCCAUAGCUCAUUCUCACCGGUAUAGACAGAUGAAGACAUGCUUGGUGUUCAAGUUCACGGUCAAAUAUUUAGCUGAAGAAGACAGCGCUGGCGAAGUUCUAGUCGCGCCUUCAGGUUGGGGUGAUGUGACCAUCAAGUUGAGAUUUUUUGCGUGCUCUGGAACAGCUUCUAGAUAA